CACACUUUUCUCACACACGUGUGUGUAUGUGUGUUCUGUAACGCCUGAUUGGUCUUGGGAAGUGUGUGAGACGUUAACAGGAGACACAGAUUUGUUCCUUCACUGAAUCAUCUGAGGAUUUAACAAGGGUCAUGCUGCUGUUCCUGGCCUGGCUGCUCGCCCUCCCCAGCGGUGUCCUGUCUCUGGACAAACUCAACAUGUGCAUGGAUGGAAAGCACCACAAAACAGAGCCUGGUCCCGAGGGACAACUCUACAGUCAGUGUACCCCCUGGCGUGACAAUGCCUGUUGCACCGCAAACACCACCGAGGAGGCCCACGAAGACAACUCCUACCUGUACAACUUCAACUGGAACCACUGUGGCGCAAUGAGCCCGCAGUGCAAGAAACAUUUCAUCCAGGACACUUGCUUUUAUGAAUGCGAGCCACACCUGGGACCUUGGAUACAACUAGCAGACGAGAGCUGGCGAAAAGAGAGGAUGUUGGAUGUGCCUCUCUGUAAGGAGGACUGUGAACAAUGGUGGAACGACUGCAAAGACGAUUUAACCUGCAAGACAAACUGGCACAAAGGAUGGGACUGGACCUCAGGUACUAAUAAGUGCCCUAAAGACAGUAAAUGCAGAAAGUGGACUGAAGUUUUCCCAACGCCCAAGUCCAUGUGUGAGCAAAUCUGGUCCCAGUCUUACAUGUACACCACCUAUACCAAAGGCUCUGGCCGCUGCAUGCAGCUCUGGUUCACAGGCCCAAACCCCAACAGGGUGGUAGCUGAGUACUAUAAUGAUGCUCAGCGGAGUCGAAGCUUAGCUCUGACGACGCUGCUCUUCUUGGCUGUCACGUCUUUCUCUGUAACGAUGCAUUAAAGUAACACCUGUGACAUAAUUUAUCAUAUUGGAAGACGCUCAUUAAAGUGGUUGGUAACAUGA